AUGAGUGUGGCAAAAGUAUCCUGUAUAGACUCGCUUAGCAGGGAUAACUACGACACGUGGAAAAUACAGAUGAGGGCAUUGCUGACUGAUGGAGAGAUUCCGGAUAAAUAUGCUCGGAAUCCCAGGCAUACUAGAUGGGGGUCCUUUAGGGCAGACAUUGACAGUAAGCUUGGAGCGGUCCCAUACAGGCUUGGCAGGGGCUCUGACAUAGAAGCAGCUGUCGAGUCUCUGAGCAGGGACUUGACGGCUGCAUAUGAGGAAAACUGCCCGUUACGCAAAGUACAAGGUAAGGGCAAGGCAACCUUCUGGACCAAAGAUUUAGAGGAUAGAAAACGAGCGGUGCACAAACUUCUUAGCAGAGUUAAGCACAGGAGAGGUUCUCCUCUAUGGGAAGAAUACAAAAAGGCAUUGCAGGAGUACAAAAAGGAGAUUAGAAGGGCCUCCAGAGAAUCCUGGAGGCACUUCUGUCAGUCCAUAAAUGACAUUCCUGCUACUGCAAGAAUACACAGAGUCCUAUGCAAAGACAUUAAAGCAAGAUUGGGAUCUCUGCAUGAUCCCUCGGGGGGGAACACUACUUCCGAGGAAGAUACUCUGAGGCUUCUGAUGGAUACGCACUUUCCCGGUUCCACAAGGGAGGACUGGCGCACGGCAAGGGAGAUUGUCACCUUCGAAAGGACGGUAUGGGCAGUAGAUUCGUUUGCCCCAUACAAAAGUCCAGGUCUGGACGGCGUAUUUCCGGCCAUGUUACAGCAGGGACGGAUUUCGGUUGUUCCUUACCUGUUGAAGGUGUUUCGAGCAUGUGUGGCCACGGGCUUCACACCUAGAAGCUGGCGGCAGGCUAAAGUGGUAUUCAUUCCUAAACCGGGCAGAGAUAGAUAUACUGGCCCGAAGGAUUUUCGACCGAUUACUCUUUCAUCUUUUGUGCUUAAGACCCUGGAAAGGAUAGUUGAUAGAUACCUAAGGGAUGGCCCACUGGAAAGGUGUGUCAUUCAUGCAAAUCAGUUUGCAUACCAAGCUGGAAAAUCGACUGAUCUGGCCUUACAUAGUCUGGUCGGGAGGCUAGAGAAGACUCUAGAUCAGCGAGAAGUGGCACUCGUGGCCUUCUUGGAUAUUGAAGGUGCAUUUAAUUGCACCACAACCGACUCUAUCAGACAGGCCUUGGUUAGACACGGGGUUGGAUCAAUCCUAAUAGAUUGGGUCCUCUCUACUCUGGAGGGUCGGGUAACAACAGUUAUGCUGAAUAACGUAAGCUGCAGCGUGAACGUAGCUAGAGGCUGCCCUCAGGGCGGAGUUCUGUCACCCCUACUGUGGUGUAUCGUGGUGAACGAACUGCUCGUUAGGCUCAGCAGUAUGGGUGUCUACGCGCAAGCCUAUGCUGAUGACGUAAGCAUAGUGGUUAGGGGGCGUUUCUGUAGAACAGUCUCGGAAAUUAUGCAGGGCGCUCUGCGCUCCGUGGAAUCGUGGUGUAGGGAAGUCGAUCUUUCUGUUAAUGCUGAAAAGACCGAGCUGAUCCUAUUCACUAGGAGAAGAAGGCUUGACGGACUGGUCAUGCCGACCUUCUUUGGGACUAGAUUAGUUUUGUCCCAGUCAGUGAAAUUCUGGGAAUUAUCCUGGACUGCAAACUGA